GCCUGUUCCACACUGAGCGCUGAGCGCGCUAUUUCUCAAUCCUGGUCCGAGCCGGGAGCCGGUCUGUAGGCGCAAGAAUCUUUUCGACCUCCUAUCAACAGAGCAUUGGGUCGGAGCACGCACGGCUGAAAGACCCUAGGCGAACAGAGAUGCCAAAUCGACCCCGUCAGACUGUGCAACCAAGACAUGCCCAAGCCUCUGCUAGGGGACAGGAGAGAAGAUGCGGCUUGGCAUGGGUGAUCUGUAGUGAUCCUGCACACUCAAAGAAAUUCAUCGGAGCGGAGAUGGUGCAUAGACAACGAGGAGCAGAGGCCACGAAUGGUGCAGCGACUGAGCCAGCUUCAGACACGACGAACACUUGUGCGACUUUGCGAGAGGGUCGGUAUUCAAGAACGCAGCAACUAAAUAGCCGAGAGCGCGCGAGACUGGGUCUCUCACGUCAAAGGAGAGCGACGGACCUUUAUUUUUCCCGGAGACCGAUCAAGAAUGGCAAAGAUCGCCCGAUGGAAGCGGACGAGGGUGCCACAGAGUUGGCUCUUCAAGAUGACAGCGAUAGAAACCAGCAAGAGCCUGAACCGAUCACCUCUCAAACAAGCUGACGGCUAAAGGCAGCAAGAACGCUCACAGCCUCGCGGGGGACGAGCGAGUGGCAAACACAGCAACGACAGCGCCAGUUGCCAACUCAAUGGUUCUUGUGCUGUCCAGCGGAUCGUCAUUGCAACAUACACGGAGCGUCAAUCUGAAUGAGGGAUAUCGAUGAGGAAUGUCCACUUUGACUGGAAGCAUUGCCGCUCGGAGUUC